AUGUCUUUGAGUAGUGCAAGGAAAACCUCCAUCAACUUGACUGCAGAUGUUAUUGAUGAACUUCGAAAUCUUUCCGUUGUGGGAGAUAAUUCCGGUGAGGGGAUUGACGACGAAGAGAAUACAAAUUUCGACUUGCUGGACGACCCUGAUGAAGAAGACUUGGAGAUCGUCUUCGGAUACCACGUUGACCUCAUUACCCAAGAGAAUCACCACGAGCGCAAACCGAUCUACACGCGCGGACUGUUGAACGAUGUCAAACUAUUUGUCGACCAGAUACGUGAAGGGUUUUCUAUAAGACCUGAUCAGAGAGGCUUUCAAAAUCUAUAUGGUUACGGGCUUAAUCACAAUGGGUACAAGAUCUGGCGAUUGGACAACAACAAUCGUAACUCUAACUUCAUCAAGGUUGAAUAUCUUUCCCGGGUAGAGAUGCAUCCUGAAUUCCAGGAUCGAUAUGGUAUACAUUCUGACCAGAUCAAAGCCCUUCGAGAGUACAACAAAGAUAGUAAAAAUGACUGCAUCGACACACCAUACACGUUCAUAACCUUCCAUCGGCAGUCCUUGAAUGAACACCAAAAUACUGCUAAGAUGCAAGAAUAUUGGGCAGCCAUGAUGCACACGAAAAGACUCUGGAAAGAGAGCUCUUCAAGGAGGAAGCUUCGUGAAGACUUCGAGGAAACAGCUAAGAGAUGUGCACCGAUUACGCAGGUCGUUUGCUUUGGACUGGGUGCGCUGAAUCUGAAUAAGAAGUUUUAUCAUUCGGCUAUUCAGUACAUGGCCGUUUUCAGCAUCAUGCAAACUCUGAAUGAGUUUUACCGCAAAGCUGACCCGGAUCGGCCUGCGAUAAGGCUUGUACUACAAGACCCCAACUAUGAGAUUAAAGAUCAUCGAAUUUUAAAGAAAUUAUCCAAUGAUGGCGAUAAUAUCAGCUUCGUAUGCGAUCCAGAAGGUCUCCUAGCGAUCGACGCCGGUACACUAGUAGUCACGGCUUUCCUCCCCGUCCAGAUGCCACUGGUUCAAAUCAUAGCGGACUUGUUCUCGGAAGACCCAACUGAAGGUCCAGCGGCCAUGAUAUGCGAUAUCAUGACAGUCGACAUCGAGAAGCGAGAAUACUCAUUGAGCGAUCGCGCAUCACCAGCGGUCGCACGAUUCCUCACAAACCAUUAUGAAAAAGCGGAAGAUGGUUUCGAUGACCAUGGACUCGAGGAUGAGCUCAUGGCGGAUGCAUAUGGAGACGACUGGGAGAAUAGGUAUUAUUGGUUGAAUUGGAUGGAUCUCUGGGUACGAAGAAUCGACAAAAAUUAG